AUGAGCUCAGACAAAGAUGGUGUUUCCAAACCCACUCCGAUUUCAUUACCCAUUUCGACAGGGUCCCUCUACGUGGACACAGACAUGGGUUUCUCUAUGUCUCCACAGCCGAUGCCGCUAGACAUCUUGCAGGGGAAUCCAAUUCCUCCGUUUCUAUCCAAGACAUUCGAUUUGGUGGAUGACCCGAGUCUCGACCCGGUCAUAUCUUGGGGACUGACCGGAGCGAGCUUCGUGGUCUGGGACCCUCUCGAAUUCGCCAGAAUCAUACUCCCUCGGAAUUUCAAACACAACAAUUUCUCCAGCUUCGUCCGGCAGCUUAACACUUAUGGAUUUCGAAAGAUUGAUACUGACAAGUGGGAAUUCGCAAACGAGGCUUUCCUUAGAGGCAAGAAGCAUCUUCUGAAGAGCAUUCAUCGUCGUCGAUCUCCACAAUCCAACCAAGUUUGCAGCAGCAGUAGCAGCCAGAGCCAAGGGUCACCUACUGAGGUUGGAGGAGAGAUCGAGAAACUGAGGAAAGAGCGGCGUGCAUUGAUGGAGGAAAUGGUUGAGCUUCAGCAGCAACACAGAGGCACGGCUCGUGAAAUGGACACUGUGAACCAGAGGCUGAAAGCUGCAGAGCAACGGCAGAAGCAAAUGCUCUCUUUCUUGGCCAAGUUGUUUCAGAACCAGGGUUUCUUGCAGCGCCUUAAGAACCUCAAAGGAGGAGGAGGAGGAGGAGGAGGAGCUCUUGGAUCUGAAAAGGCGAGAAGGAAGUUCAUCAAGCACCAAGAUUCUCCAACAGGAGGUGAGAUUGUGAAGUAUGAAGCUGAUGACUGGGAGAGACUGUUAAUAUCUGACGAAGAGAUUGAGAACACUCCACUCUCGAGCCAAGGAGGAACCGAUCCGAAAGGCAAGAACUUGAUGAAUCCAUCAGAAGAAGAGAUGAUGAAUCCAGAUGACUUAAUGUCAUUCCCGUCUCAUGCAGAAGUAGAUGGUAUUAUCAAACAAGAAGAGACAUGGAGUAUGGGUAUCGAUACUACAAUGCCGAGUUUCAGCAACAACGAUGUGUGGGGAAACACGAUGGACUAUAAUGUCUCAGAGUUUGGUUCUGUUGCAGAAACAACAACUACAACUGAUGGUCUGCCUGAUGUCUGUUGGGAACAAUUUGCUGCAGAUUUCAAUUGGCCAAGUGGUGAUGAUCUUUAA